AUGUGGAAACUGCCCGAAAAGGACAUGACUUUAUCUACUGAAGUGCAGUUGAUAGAACAGGAGCCCAACGUAAAUGGCUCAUGUGCACGUCCCGCCGUUCUAGCAUGUUUCCCCUUGCUGCACGUGUCUGUUCGUCGCAGGAAAAACAACUGCGCGGUGCCGUAUCAGACCAACGACAACAAAAAAGCAGAAGUCGAUUUUUGUACGACGAAAGGCAGCGAGACUGCGGCCUACGUAGCCCGCACCUUGAUGGCAAUCAACUGUUGUCGUGCUUCACCGAGCUCGCUGCAGAAAUCCGUGCGUGAGCGCGCGUGGCUGUGUGACGACGCUUAG